CCUGUUUUUUUCUUUGCUUUUUGUUCUUUCCUGGCAGUGGUUGUAGGCUGGAUGCGAGCGAUGGUGCUCAAGAGGGGUUUGGAAGGGGAUAGGAACCGCAGUGGCGACUCCGGAGUGGAACCGGAUCGCUGCCUCAUGAGCAAAGAGCAGCUGGACCAGCGGAUUAGCCUGUUUCUGCGAGGUUUCGACCACCAGGCUAAGGAGAGCUUGCAAGAAAUGAAGAAAGAACUCACCUCGCUCUUGCAGACAGCCGAGAAAGCCUUCCGAGUGGAGCUGCUGAUGCUGCCUGUGCAAAUGAGGAAAAUGAAGAGGAAAGACCUUCUCCAUCUGAAAGAAGAAGAGGCAGCUGCUGUCUUAGCAAGUUCUGAGGCCAAGGACUGUCCUGUGGAAGACCUACCAACCCCCAAGUUGGUGAGGAGCAAUAGCAAGCGAGUUAAAGUCACAACAAUUGUGGAAUACAAAGAGGACGGGUUGCCGAACAGGACGCCAGCAAAGAAGACUUCUCGAAAGGUGUUUAAAACCCAUUCACUGGUUUCGUUGCCAUCUGCCGUGAAGGGCAAAGAAGGCUACCCUCGGCCCAGAGAUCCGCAGAGGGCGAUCGCCAAGAGCACAUCCUCCGCCGAGAAAAUCCGCGGCCUGGCGCUCCGGAGUGCUUCGAUGCCUUGUGAGAAGGGAGUCCCCUUUGUCAACAUACCUCUGGCUGAUGGGCAGACCCUCUGCUCAGCGGGCAACGACCUCCAGAAGAUCAACGUAGAGUUACUGAAUGACGACACUGUCCAGCACAUCCAUACUCUAGUGAGCCAACUGACAGUCCUCUGUGGGAAAGCAACUGUUAAGUCGAGCUAAUGGAAUCCGUUGGCGACGUUUUGUCUUGUAUGUAAAUAACUUAGAUAAUCUGCUCAUGAUGCUGUCUGUGUUGAAUGUGACGGGCAGUCUUUUUAAUAGUUCAUAUACUAAAAAUUAAACUUUAGUCUCUCAA